AUGGCACUGAGUGGGUACAUGUUUGAUAAUUAUGAUGAUGUUUUUCCGUAUUGUGAGGAACAAGGAAAGGGAAGCUGUUAUGAAUUUUGCAAGAAUUUAUCGGAAAUGUAUGAUUGUGCUGUAGUUUGUGGAUAUCCAGAGAAGGAACAAAAUCAAGGAUCAGCAAUACCAUUUAAAUUAUUUAAUUCAAUUUAUAUUGUUUCGGCAGAUGGAUCUUUUGUAAAUUAUAGAAAACACUUCUUGUAUGAACAGGAUAUGAAAUGGGCACAAGAAGGAGAGGAAUUUAAAUCAUUUAUCUUAAGAAUUAAUGAUAAGAAAAUAUUGGAGGAUGAUCCAGUUGAUGAUGAGGAAAAUUGUAACAAUUAUAUUAGAGUGGGGGCAGGAAUUUGUAUGGAUAUUAAUAAUGGAACUGACUUUUCAACAGAUUAUUAUGCUAAAGAGUUUGCUAAUUUCCACAAAGAUAAAGAAUCUGAACUAAUUCUAUUUGCUGCCAAUUGGCUGGCAAAUAGAGAUGAUCCAAGUGAUUGCCUUUCUACACAAUCCUAUUGGGUAGAGAGAAUGGCCCCAAUAAUGAAAAGUCAACCAAUCACAUAUUUUGCUGCUUGCAAUAGAACUGGCAUUGAAAAGGAUACUCAAUUUGCUGGUGCAUCUUGCGUUCUCAUGCUCAACAAGAAACGUCCAGUAAUUUUACAAGAUGCCAGCCAUGAUGAGGAAUGUGUAAAGGUUCGGGAAAUUUACUUUCCUUAG